AUGACUUUGCAGAAAAGGAUUGUGUUCAAACUGCAUUUCAACUGUGAGAAAUCACAGAGCAAAGCACUCCAGAUUGCUGCAGGGACUGAGGGUGUCAACUUUGUGGGACUCGAAGGAGAAUGUAAAGAGUAUUUGGUGGUGGUGGGAGAUAGAGUCAAUCCAGAGAAGUUGACCAUCAACUUGAGGAAGAAACUUAAGAUGGUAGAGCUCCUAAGUGUUGAUACUGAGGAUUCAGAUUGA